CCUGUAUAAAUUAUCUCCCUUUAAAUUUGCACCUGCGCAGGUAACCAAUAAAGGUGAAUCAUUCGAAGACACUUCCGUUAUGUAGGACAAUAUUGACAAAAUGAAGACAAAUAUUUUAUUGUUAAUAACUAUAAUACUGAGCCUUUGCUAUGAAGGCUCAGCAAUAAUGUGCCACCGUUGUUUCAGUGCUAUGGGUGGCUGUGGAGAUGAUUUGGUGUGGUGGAUGUUCCCUUGGAAAGACUGUGGUGACUCACAAUUCUGUGUCAAAAUCACAGAGCAAGUUGGAAGUGAAACCUAUAUUACCAGAGAAUGUGAAAAUGUUCUGAUGAAAUCAACAAGACACAGACUGAGGAUGCCAAACUUGCGUCGUCAUGGUUACUGUUUACCAGCAAGAAACAACGAUUUCUGGAAUCCAGGAUCUCUUACAAACCCUAAGAUAAAAUAUUGUUUCUGUAAUGAUUGGAAUGGAUGUAAUUCUGCAAAUAAAAUGACACAGAAGGUCUUACCAAUGACGAUCGUGUGCUUAGCACUGACAUUUAUCUUUAAAAGACUGCUGUAAACUAUUGAAUAGAUGUCAUGAUACCAUGUCACAACUUAUCUUUAUUCAUAAUUAUAUCAGGAUAAUUAAAUAAGAUUAAAUAAAAGUGCUUAUAAAUCAUCCUGUGCAAAAAAAAUAAAACCAAAUAUGUUGAAAUGUACUAUAAUAAUUUCAGUUCUCGCAUGUACAUGUAACAUGGAUAUUGUAUUCAGCUUUUACAGAAUCGGAUGCACAUUUUCCGUAAAAUUUAGUUUUACCAUUUUCUGAUCAAUUAAGAAAGUAUUUACAUCUUGUAAUCAUUUGAUUUGAUCUUUAAAAGUAAAAAUUAACAUAGAAACCAGUGGAAAAACAAAUAUAUAUAAAAAAAAAUAUUCUAAUUUUGAACAUUUUAAUUUUCUUAUUUUUAUGCCAUAUUCUUCAAUUCACUUUAUCUUGAAAAUCAGUGACAAAGUUCAAACUAUGCAUUUAAAUAUUAAUCUUGAAAUUUUUGCACAAUUUAAAAGAAUGCAUAUCAUUAUUGUAAAUUUGUAGAUAUUUGUAAUCAAAUAUAGAUUUAAUUAUCUAGCACAGUAUCAUGAAUCAUAAAUGUAUUUUUUCAUUGUAUAUACUCAACCAUGUCAACUGAUGGUUCCCAGGACUGCAUAUAUUUUUUUUAAAUUAUUGAUUUCAAGAAAUUUUUUUAAUCAUUUUGGGAUAAAAAUUUCAAAUUUUGGGGAAAACUGCCAAUAGUUUUAUGCUUGAUAUAAUUAACUAUGCAAUGUGUGGUCAUUUUUCAUUCUGUAUGCCUAAGAUAGAAAUGGGGUACAGCAAGGGUAUUAUGUUUUCCAAUCUAUGUGUAUUCCCUUUCAUAUUGUAUGAAGUAAAAGUUUUUGGUUUAGGUAAUAAAGUAGUUAUCACAUCAACUCUAUUAUAUGGUUCUCUUAUAAAAUGUAUGCUUGUUCAUUUUGAAGAAUAAAAAAAAUAGAAUUUAAGAUAAUAUCCCAUGUAUUUGUUUAGAACACAAAUCUAUGAAAAAGGAGACAUUGUAUGAGCCAACUCAUCCUUUUGAUAGUUCCUUGUUAAAACAAAUAAUGAGCUUAAAAGAACCACACUUUAAAGGCCUUCUUAAGACAAAUAUAUGUUAGAAAUUUUGAUAAUAAACAUAGCUUUUUCAUUCCAUACGUGAAUGUUUUAUUUCAUUCAGUUAAGUUGACUGGAAGGCAAUACAUACUUCAAGCAUUCCAGAAUGUAAUAAAUGUAUAUAUUAAUCCUUUGUAUCAAACCAUCUUUUUCAUAAUAAAUAUUUUUAUACA